AUGCGAUAUGCUUUCCCGUGCGACAUCGUUUUGGAUGAUGAAGAGGCAAAGGCUACGGGCAGAGAAGCCUAUGUAGUAACUUUCCCUGAUGUUCCUGAAGCGAUCACUGGCGGCUGGUCUUGGCAAGAGGCUUUGGAUAUGGCAGAGGACUGCUUGGCUGUCGCCUUGAGCUUCUACGUUGACGGGAGCGAAGACCUACCGACUCCCGGCCCUCUCGCCGACGGACAAGUGCUUAUCGCUGUGCCGCUCAUCGUUGCGGCGAAAGCUCACCCUCUACACAGCCAUGCUCGGGGUACAUCCAUGCCAGAUUUCAUGAGCGGCGACGAAAUACGAGAAAAGUUCCUCAGCUACUUCGAGGCGCAGGGGCACAGCAGGUUUGCGAGUUCAUCGCUGAUACCAGUCGGCGACCCCACGCUGCUGCUGACCACCGCAGGCAUGGUGCAGUUCAAGCCCUACUUCACCGGCGAGGCGGAGCCCUCAACAAGCGCGCCACCACUUCGCAGAAGUGCUUUCCGCACCCCCGACAUCGAAGAGGUCGGCGACGCCACGCACAACACCCUCUUCGAGAUGCUGGGCAACUUCAGCUUCGGCGACUACUUCAAGGCAAACGCCGUCGAUUUCGCUGUCGAAUUGAUGACCGAAGGCUACGGCAUCCCACUCGACAAGUUCUCCGCCGCAAUCCACCACACCGACGAAGAGACUCGCGGCCUGUGGGAGGCAAAGGGCAUCCCCGCCGACAAGGUCUAUAGCUACGGCGACGACGAAAACUGGGACGACUGCGCCCCGAACUGCACCAACGUCAUGGCGGACGGCGUCGUCUGCGACCGCUAUGUCGAGCUCUGGAACCUCGUGUUCAUGCAGUACUACCACCACCUCGACGGCACGCGCACCAACCUGCCCGCGCCCAGCGUGGACACCGGCAUGGGCUUCGAGCGCCUCGUGCGAAUCCUGCAGGACGUCGAUACAGCGUAUGAGACCGACCUGUUCACGCCCAUCAUCGCCGCAGUCGAGCGCGUCAGUGGCAAGAGCUACAACAACCCCGACGACACCUACGCAAUCCGCGUAGUCGCCGAGCACGGACGCAGCGUGACAUUCCUCAUCGCGGACGGCGUGGUGCCCGGCAACGAAGGGCGCGGCUAUGUGCUGCGCCGCGUCAUCCGCCGAGCCAUCCGCUACGCCCGGCGCAUCGGCAUCGAGGGCAACUUCCUCGGCGAAAUCGCGGACGCCACCAUCGAUAAGAUGGGCAAGGUCUAUCCCGAACUCGUCAACAACCGCGACUUCAUCCUGACAGUGCUCAGGCUGAGGAAGAGCGCUUCCAGCAAGCCUUCCAGAACGGCUACAACAUGCUCUCCGAGGCUCUUGAAGGUGUGGACACGCUCGACGGCGGCACUGCCUUCCGCCUGUGGGACACAUACGGCUUCCCCGGAGAUGACGCAGGAGAUCGCCGCCGAGCAGGGCGUCACAGUGGACACCGAGGGCUUCGAGCGCGAAAUGGAGCGCACAGCGACAGCGUGGCAGAGCAUCCGCGCAGUUCGGCGAGGAGCGCGCCAAGAUUCGCCAGUACGAGAGCCUCGGCGUGGGCGCAACCCAGUUCCUCGGCUACGAGCAGAUCAGCGCAUCAUCGCCCCGUCAGUAGGACUCAUAGCCGACGACGAGGUAGUCAGCGAGGCAACCGCAGUCAUCGAAGUGCACGACACGCAGGCAGUCAUGCCCGAUGUCAUCAUGCACUUCGGCAAGGUCAAAGUUGGCACCGUGCGAUUGGGCGACACAGUUGAAGCCAAUGUUGACCCGACACGCCGCGAGGACACGGCGCGCAACCACACGGCGACCCACAUGCUUCACGCUGCCCUCCGCGAGGUGCUUGGCCCCCAUGUGCGACAGGCUGGUUCGCUCGUUGCACCUGAAAGGCUGCGCUUCGACUUCUCACACGUGCAGCCCGUAACCGACGAUGAGUUGUGGCAGGUGCAACACCUCGUCAACGAAAAGAUACGCCAGAACGCCGGCGUCCACCGCGACGAGGACACCUACCAGUCCGCGAUUCAACGCGGCGCGCUCGCAUUCUUCGGCGACCGCUACGGCGAGCGCGUGCGCCUAAUUGAGAUCGCCAACGGCGACAUCUUCAGCUUCGAGGUCUGCGGCGGAACGCACGUCCAUCACACUGGUGAAGUCGGCAGCGUCUAUAUCCUCGGCGAGUCCAGCAUCGGUGCCGGCAUGCGACGCCUCGAAGCCGUCAGCGGCAGAGCAGCCGAACGCCUUGUCUGGGAGCGCUUCAAUCGUGAAGAUGGGUUAGCAAGCACGCUGAACACCACGCCGCCCGAACUGGGAAACGCGGUUCAGCGAAUCCAGGACGAAAACGACGAUCUGCGUAGGCAGUUAGCGACUCUUGAACGGCAGAACACCCUGCAAGCCGCCGAGAUUCUCCUCGACUCAAAGCAGGACAUCAACGGCGUAUCCGUCCUGUCGGCGCGCACCGAGGCGUCCAAUUCCGACUCGAUGCGUGAGAUAAGCGACUGGCUCCGCGACAAGAUGGGCAGCGGCAUCGUCGUGCUCGGCGCGGUCAUCAACGACAGGCCCACCAUCAGCGUGGGCAUCACGCGCGACCUGGUUGACGGCGGCGCGGACGCCCGCGACUACGCCCGCGAUCUUGGCAGGAUCAUCGGCGGCGGCGGCGGCGGACGCCCCGACAUGGCGCAGGCAGGCGGUCGCAACGCCGACAAGCUCGACGAAGCCAUCGCAGGCGCAGCCGACAUCGUCCGUCAGAAGACCGCUUCGUGA